AUGGGGCAAAAACCAUCACAACAGUUGGCUCUGAAAGACGGCACAGAGGUUUUCAGCGUCGGUGAGGUUGUCGGCGAGGCGAUAGUCCAUGCGGCUGAGAAACUGAAGGACUAUCUUGGAUUUGAAGAUCCUCUGAGCAACCUGUGCCCAGCUUCAAACACUCUGAAUGAGAUCUUCUUAAUCCACUUUGUCACCUUCUGCCAAGAAAAGGGAGUUGAUGAGUGGCUCACCACCACCAAGAUGUCCAAGCACCAAGCCGUACUGUUUGGGGCAGACUGGAUUUGGACUUUCUGGGGAUCCGAUAAGCAAAUAAGGCUGCAGCUGGCAGUGCAGACCCUGCAGAUGUCUACUCUUCCUCCUGUGGUUUCUAAGCCUUGUGACUUCUCACAUCCAGAACCCGGGCCAGAGGAGCCUUCCAGGAAGAGAAGUAGAUUCGAUAAGCUGGAAGAUUUCUGUAACUUGAUAGGAGAAGAUUGCCUGGGCCUGUUUAUCAUCUUUGGUGUGCCAGGAAAGCCCAAAGACAUCAGAGGAGUUGUCCUGGACAGUGUCAAAAGUGAGACAGUGAGGGGCCAUCUGCCAGGAGCAAAGGCCGUGGCACAAUUUGUCCGGGAAACUGAAGACUGUGUCUCCAUCAGAGAGCUGCUUGGAAACUGUCUGAGUAAGAAAGAUGGGCUGAGAGAGGUGGGCAAGGUUUAUAUUAGCAUCCUCUGA